AUCGAAUCACUCUUACUUGCCGGCCCUUUCUCAUUGGAGACAUUGCUCACAUUCCCACCGCCGCCGAAGAUGAGCAGUCCUAAAUCCACGGUGGCUCUGAUCGUGACGUCAGCAGUAACUCUGAUCCUGAUCAACGGUCAUUUCGCUCGGGGGCAGCCCCAUUUCACGAGAGCUGCGCGCUCUGACCUCCCACAUCUUUGUGGCAAACGCCUCUCGGACGCCCUCAACAUUAUUUGCCGGGGAGGGGGCCCGCCAUUCUAUUUCAAGAGAGCAUCCCAAAGAUUUGAAGAUGAAUACCACGACGCUUCCGAUUUAUCAAUGGUUUCGAGAGACUUGGAUUAUCCAGGAGCAUUGUCGAGCCAAUUGUCUUCAAACGAAUUUCCCGUCGUGAGCGAAACUGAGAUGCUUUCUGCUGCUACCGAUGACAACUUCAGAAGACCUCGCAGACAAAUUGUCGAGGAAUGCUGCUUAAAACCAUGCACUGAGGACCACUUGCGAUCGUACUGCGGUACUUUCCACUAAGAUUAUUCGAACACAUUUUAUGAUGCUGAGAAUUUGAGGGUAAAAUUUGAAGUAAAUUUUUUUUAUUCAUACAAUCAUGAAAACUUCUCAUGAAGAAAACCGGUAGUAUUUGCGGAAAUAUUCCGUUUUUUCACGCUAAUACCAAUGAAACCGCGACAAAUUGCAACAAAGCAAAAAUGAAAAGCUAAGAAAUCACAUUGAGAAAGCUCUACUUUUAAAAACGAUUAAAGCAAAAACAAUAUUAAAGAAGCAAAAAAUGUAAAUAAUUAAUAAUUAUUGAGCAAGAAAAAUAAAUAUAUGAAUUUACUUGCCGUUGCGGGCUUUAGUAGAUCGCUGUUGAAAUUUUCAUUUGAAAAAUUCAUACGCGAAAGUUAAUCAUCGAAGGAAGAAACAAUCAAUUGUGCAUCGAAAAAAUUGUGUUUUCAAAUUUAUAGCAAAUUGAUUGCGAAUUAAAUUGAAUAUCAAUGGGAUAAUUACUUAUAAUGUCAUUAAAUUAACCGAGAAAACUAAGGAAUUGUACCUCGGAAAAUGUUCCAUGAAUUGUUUUAAAGAUAGAAAACUGUGAGACUUUUUUAAGGAUUACGUUAUGUCUAAAAAUUUUCCUGUUAAACUAAAAAUUAAUACGAUAUUUGGAACGUUGCAAUACAAUGGCUUGUUGCACACUUAACUCAUUAUUUUAUAAACUAAAACGUAGCCUGUUGCUUUUGAUCAGACUUGUGAUAUUUGAAUACGAUUGUACCAUAUAUUUAUUUGAUUUUUUGUACGCUUGUACUUUAUGCUUUUCAUGUGAAAUUUGCAUAUAAAUCAUAUAUUUUGAGAAA